GGCGUGGACCUGACGCCGUCCUACGUCGUCGAGGAGGACUGCGCCGCGUUCCACGCGGCGCUGAAGCGGACCUGCGACGCGCACGGCGCGUCGUACGCCGACAUGAAAAAGACGUGCGACGACUACUUCUACCUGCCCGCGCGCCGGGAGCACCGCGGCGUCGGCGGCGUCUUCUUCGACGAUCUGGACGCGCCCUGGGCCGGCGACUUCGCCGUGGAGCUGAUGCGCUGCGCGCUCGCGGACGACGGGCCCUACAUGCCCGUCGCGGCGCGGCGGCGCGGCGAGGCGUGGUCCGAGGCGGAGAAGCAGUGGUCGUACCUACGCCGCGGCCGCUACGUCGAGUUCAACCUCCUCUACGACCGCGGCGUCAAGUUCGGCCUGUCGCCGGAGAGCGUCGAGCGCGUGCUCGUGUCGUCGCCGCCGCUCGCGGCGUGGGGCUGGCGGAAGGAGCCCGCGGCGGGGACGCCCGAGGCGGCUUGCUUGGCGGUGCUGCGGGAGCCGCGGGCGUGGGUUUCGUUGUAA